CAACUUGUUAUGUUCACUUACAUUGGUAGCAGUGGUUAAGUUCAUCGUGUAUCUUGAAUGUAAAAUACUGUCAGUAUACAUUUGCUAAUAAAUAUAAAAUUAAAUUAACAAUCAAAUAAUAUAUAUUAUUGCCACGUAGCUACCAUAAAAUAUCACUCUUAGGAACGUGGUAUAAAAAUCAGUGUUUGCAUCAAAGCAUACUUGAAUAGAUACAAGUGAUAACUGGAAAAUAAAAACUGUUUAAAUGUCUAAUACAAAUACCAUGGAAAAUGAAAGUGAUCCGGUGGUUAAAGAGAUUCCAGUGUUUCUCUCGAAAGCACUUGCAGAUAAGCUCUUUAUUUUUCAAUAUCCAAUUAGGCCUUCUAAAGAUGGCUAUGACAAUGCAACAAUCUUAAAAUCCUCUAUAAAACCACAGAAUCAAGAGGUUCUAUUAGAAGUAGCAAUAGAUACACAUAGUGUUAAUUAUGACCAAAGUAAAGGUGAACAAAUUGCGAUUAAUGCAGAUGGUGAUGCCAAAAAUGAACAAGAAGAAGAAGAAAAAGCAUUUGACAGCAAUUACAUGGAUAAGACAGUCUUGCAUUCUUCACGAGCAUUACCAAACUGUUCCAAUUAUGCAAUUGGAGUUUUCCAAGAAGGAGAAUUGCAUUUAACACCUCUAAGAGGAGUUGUUCAAAUGCGUCCACAAUUUAAUUACCUUGAUAAAAGUGAUAAACGCGUCAGGGAUGAAGCUAAAAAUAUGGGAGAUGACUUAGAGGAAGAAGAAGAAGGCCCAAAACAAGUAAAUGUAACAUUUGCCAGACAGAAACCAGAAUUUAUGAAAAAGAUGCAGGAGCAAUCUUUUCAGCAUCAAACUCAAAAAAGCUUAGAGGAGAGGUGGAUUCAUACAAAAUAUAUUCCUACAAAUAGCACUCAAGCAGAGCUUACACGUUUGGAAAUGUUUUGCUCUGCACCUGAUGAAGCUGUGAAUACUUUAAAUUUAACAAAUCAACAAUAUUUAGAGUUAUUAGCGCCAAGAGUAAAAGAAGAACCAUAUUUAAAAGCAGAGAUGUCUAACAGUAACACGUCUCUCAAUUAUAUUAGGACAUUACCUCUUCUAGAUCAAAUGAGAAUUCUUUUUAAAGAUGCCAAAGUUAUAUCGUUUGUACAUUUGCGAUCAAUUUUAUCACCAGAUCAAGAAACGGCAGCUAUUUUAAAAUAUUUACAGCAAGUGGCUGUUUUAGUACAAGGAAAUUGGAUUGUAAAUAGUGAACUUAUAUACCCAAAAGAUAGUAUAUCUUCGUAUAAUGGUAUUCCUGCUGACCUUAUGUGCAGAGCUAGAGAUUAUAUUUUAUUAUCGUUUACGGAACAUGAAUAUUUAGAUAGAAAGACAAUUUCGUCCGUAGUCAAAUUACCUCCAGAUGAAAUUAAAGAAAUAUUUAUGAAUUUAGCAACACAUGAACCUAAAAAGGGAUGGCGGUUAAUAAUUCCACCUACUAAAGAUUUUAUAGAAAGGUAUCCUGAAAUAGCACAAAGACAGGAGAUGUUAUGGGAGGCGAAACGGAAGCAUCUCCGCGAAGCAAUGGAGGUUCAAAGUCAAAUUCCACAACGUCAAAGGCGAAAGUCGAACAGGGAGUCUGUUGGGUCCGAGAAUGAGGAGAAAAAUGUAGGGCGUGGUAGAAAAACAUUAAGGGAUUCCUCGAUGUCAGACAACGACAGUGCGACAGAACCAGUAAAGCAUAAGAAAACCAUUCGAUCUCGAAAAGUAUCCGAGACCACGUGACCAAAGUUGAUGCGCGACUAAAAUAAUAUAAUAAUGCAACAUAUUGUUAACGUGUUUCAAAUUGCGGAAUCAUCACAACUGUAGAUCAUACUAUCACAAUGUGUCUGCUUUGAUACACUGCCGAAAUCUUACAAUACAUAUACAUUCUUAAAUUAUUUAAGUAAAAUAUUUUCUAGUCUCAAAUGACGCGUCGAGCAACCGAUAGACAAUACCGAUACCUUUGUUCUCUUAAGUAUUUAUUAAAAAAAAUAAUUCAAGUCAGCUUACUUGAAUUUUCUGCUGUUGUCUAUCAUGACAAAUACGAUUACUAACAAAAAAAAAAGGUUUCAUUUCCAUAAUAUUAUUUAUU